UCGUCUCACCUGCACUCGCGGUGUUCAGGAGAGGAAUCCAGUGAUGGAUCAGGACAAGUACCUGCCAGAGCUCAUUGCCGAGAAGGAGAGCUUGGACCCGUCGUUCGUCCACGCGAUGCGCCUUCUCGCUGAAGAGAUCGAAAAGUUCGAAGGAGACGAGUUGAGAAAAGAUGGCGAGGUGAAGAAAUACUUGGAUAUCAUCAGCAACAAAAACAUCAAACUGUCUGAGCGCGUGCUGAUCCCGGUGCAGCAGUAUCCUAAGUUUAAUUUUGUUGGGAAACUGCUGGGGCCCAGGGGCAAUUCCAUGAAAAGAUUACAAGAGGAAACGGGAGCAAAGAUGUCCAUCCUCGGCAAGGGUUCAAUGAGGGAUAAAGGCAAGGAGGAAGAGCUGAGGAAAAGUGGAGAGGCGAAAUACGCCCAUUUGAGCAACGAUCUUCAUGUUUUAAUUGAAGUUUUCGCACCACCUGGAGAAGCCUAUUCCCGCAUGAGCCAUGCCCUGGAGGAGAUUAAGAAAUUCCUUGUUCCAGAUUACAAUGAUGAGAUCAGGCAAGAGCAACUUCGUGAGCUCUCCUACUUAAAUGGCUCAGAUGACCCGAGUCGAGGAAGAACCGCACGAGGACGAGGCUUACGUCUGACCUCCACAGCCUCCACCCGAGGUCGAGGGGGAGCAGCUCCACCCCCUCCACCAGGACGAGGAGCAGCAGCACCCAGAGGAAGUGUGGGAACACGCACCUCCGUCCCAACACCCACACUAGCCAGGGGGGUGUCUGCAGCCCGGGCCAGAGGAACUACAGGAACCCCUGGAUACAGAGCCCCGCUACUGCAGGCCACGCACAAAUCCUAUGAUGACUACGGAUAUGAUGAUGGUUAUGACGGGGAAUAUGAUGACCAGAGUUAUGAGGGCUAUGAUGACAACUACAGCAACCAGUCGAAAAGUGUCUCAGAAUAUUAUGAAUAUGGACACGGUAACAAUGACGAGGCCUACAACAAUUAUGCAGAAGAGGACUGGAUAUCAUCACGACCCAACCUCAAAGCUCCAGCAUCAAGACUUACUCGAGGGGGCUACAGAGAUCACCCCUAUGGUAGAUAUUAAAGGUGCUCCGGAUCAUGUGACCUCCAUACAACGCCAACCUUACUUUCCUAAAUAAUCUAAAAUGGGAUUUUUAAGUGAUAGGUCAAUCAUGUUUUUAAACUCACACUAACCUUGUGGGGGCUACAUGGUCCCUUUUCUUAUCUGAAACUGCUGACGUCUUUGUAUGAUACCUUACGAAGGUUAAUUCUGGCCAGGAUUUGGCAGUGUACUUUUGUCAUUGAAUGAUCCUUCCUUUAGUUUUCCAUUGUUUGUCCCCCAAAUGUAAAGCAUGGAAUUAGCCACACAUUACAGGAACCUUUGCGUUAAGACAAAAAAUGUAUGAGAAGAGACUCAUUUUGUACAUAACAUCUUUCGUAAUACUUCUUGAUUUGAUGAUGGUAAAUACUGAGUUUGUACAUUUAAUUUUGAUAUCAGUAUUGGGUUUGAAAGCAAUUGGCUAUGUAUGUAGCCACAUCCAAGUGCUUUGCUUUGUGUGUAGCUUGUAUUUGUACAUAAAAAAAUGUAAUAAAAAGGAUGUAAAGCGCCUUGUGCCAGCUUCUCUAAAUAGGUGAUCAUAAUUGUUAAACUUGUGUUGCUAUAAUUUGUUAAUAAAGAUGAGAUCAUUUUUGUAAAAUUAGAUUAGGUACGUACUUGUCUCUAGUACUAAAUGCCUGUAUGACCUGAGGAAAUGGAUAAUAUGUUUUUUUUAUAGAUAUCUAUUUAACAAAGAAAAGCCACAAAAAGGAACCGUAGAGACGUUGUCAAGUCAUUUUGUGUAAUAAUAGAUAAGCUUCAUUAAUAGAAUUAAACUUUGUUAAAUAAUUUUUAACAUUAGCUCUAAAUUGUUCAUUGACUCUUGAUUAGUCAUUUAAAUGUUUAACAUGUUAAUGGAAAUCCACUGUUUAGACCAAUAAAUUGAAUCUUUUUUAACACACUCUUUAAGCUUCAGCUUAUUAAACAAUAAGUCGGACUGACUUGUCUGCGCUAACGUGACUCUGAGAAUGAUAUGGAGAUUCAGGAGGUAAGAACGUCCCCAUAUUCCAGUAAGAUGUUCUUAAGUGCCUUCAGCCUUUGGUGUUAACCACUGUAGCCAAUGUGAAUAUGGCAGAUUUCAUCACUCGCAGGAGUGAAUGGGAUCCAGUUAAAAUGCUUUAUCUCUGCUACCUACAGUACAUUUUCCUCGUUUGCUAUUUAUGUUAAUGAACAUCAGAAGGCUGCAUCUGUGUUGUACAGUAAUACCAAUGCUUUUAAAUAUUGAAGGCCCCAUAGAGACCUCAACUCUUUUUUGUGACUAUUAGAACUGAAUGCUGACGCGUUUUAAGACUUCGAAAGGAUGACUAAACAUUAAGCAGGUACCAGUCUCUCUGUGAGCUGAGAUGCAGUGGCUUGAGUCAGACUGGGCGCUCUGCAGUCGAUAUGUGGAGCAUACUGAUAAAAACCAAUCAGUGAGAAGUGAGGGGGCUCCGUCUCAUUUGGCUGAGGAAGUGCUUAUAAACAGUCUGUGCACAGAUGCUGUAUGCCAGUGUUGAACUUCUCAUUUCCAUGGACCUCAAUAGAGUUGAUCUUGACAGAACAUCACUGCAGGGCACAGAUGACCACAGCGUAUCAAUCUUGUCGUCUUAUGAGAUGGACGUCACCCUGGAUUGGCUCAUUCAGCCCAAGUAGAGGGUCCAAGCAAAUACCUUCAAGUUCUAGCACAUUCUUCAAAGAACGAUAAAUUCAAUAUGGCAUUAUGGUGUUAAGAUCAAUGUAGCAACAUAAGGCAUGCCACAUAUUGCGGUAUAAUAUGAGGCUAUGCUGAUCCUGACAUUGUUUUCAGGUUUAAAUCCUUUCUCAUGCAUAAUGCUAUGCUGUAAGGUCUUGCAUUUUUUGGUCAUAUAUCCUCUUUUCGCUUAAUCUUUUUUAUCCCACAGGACAAAAAAAGGACAUAAUUGGAUUAAAUGGCUGUUGAAGAUGGAGUAUAUUUUGUCUAAGUACGUCAUCUACGCUGUGUCACCUCAAUGACAGCUAAAUGAGAAGGUUUAACAUGGUGCAUUAAAUCUUGAUAGAUAUACAACUACUUGCAACUAAAUACUUAUAAAUAUCUUCACAAACAGUUUCUUGUAUUUUGGGGUUACAGAAGCAGCUUGUUUCUGUGCUUUCUUUCACAGUGACAUCUGUGAGCAUGACUCAGUUUGCUCUUCGUAUGUCAUUACUAGCAGUGUCGAAAUGCAGCACAUAUUGCUCACCAGAACCUGUGCUUUCAAAGCCUGAGGCUUCAAAAAUUAUUUAGCAGUUAGACAGUACAGUAAGUCAAUAUCACACAAAGGCUCGUCUUCAUGGAAAUGUGUCAAAUGUUAUCGAAAUCCAGUGCAUAAAUCUACAAAUAUUCUCAUUAAUGCUUUGAGCUCCUCAGAUGAACUUGUUUGGAGCUUUUUCUCCUUGCAGUGUAAAUUUCAAAACAUCCAAUCAUGUUUUUUUUAAGUGGCAUUUUAGCACCGCCUAAGUGCCCUUGAGGUUAUCAACACAGCUCAGGCCGAAUUUUAAAAUUCAAUUGCCUUAUGACGGUACAAAUAAAACAGCAUCUUUCUAGAGAAUGUGAAAAGAUUGUAGGAUUCAACGCAUAUACCUCAAAGCAAUCAGAACUUUCUACAGAACUGUUCUUAGGUUUGCCAAAUAACAGCUUGCACACAUCUGCACUAAAACAGUAAAGAUAACAUAUAAACACAUUUUUUCUAGCCAUAAAUCAAUAUUUUAUAACCAGUUUACUGCGAGUUUCACUCAGCAAUUGUCAGCAAAUCUAACAGUUCUAUCUGUUAUUAUCUAUCUUUUAUUUAGGAAUGGGAAUGUUUUUAUUUAUACUGCUAUUCUGAGACUUAAUAUUGGGACAUGUGAACCCUCAAUCAAAUUAAAAUACUUUGUUCAAUGCUCCAAUAAGAGUAGGCUUUCUAUAAAAAUUGAAUUCUCAUGUAUUGUGAUGCAUAGAAGUACCACUGAUAAAAUCAUGAGCAGCAACAUGGUUGUAUACUUCACAGUAUACAUAAUAAAGCUUUGAAACAUA